AUGAACCCGAAGCAGCUAUCGAUGCCGCUGUUAGGCCCUGUCCUCGCUGGUUUGGGGUCUUGCGUCUUCGUACACCGUCAUCCGCUGCGGGGGGACACCGCAGUCGUCGUUGAGGUCUCUGCCAUUGUCGUUUCAUAUCUUCUGCUGCACUUCCUGGAUGGCGCCGAGAAUGGCGCGGCGCUGCUUGCCGCGUUCAAACUUGUUGCACUCCAGAUCGCGUCUCUCGCUCUCUUCACUCUGGCGUACAGAGUUUCGCCGUACCAUCCUUUGGCGCGCUUCCCCGGGCCGUUCAUCAACAAACUCACAAGCUUCCGCAUGAUGUACAUUGUCUAUUCCGGUCACCGGAAUAGCUAUAUCAUCAACUUGCACAAGCAAUACGGCAAGUUCGUCCGAACAGGUCCAAAUACACUCUCCAUCAACUCACAUGCUGCCACUGCGCCCAUUUAUGCGGCCGGCGCUCCUAUGGACAAGAGUCCCGCGUACACUAUGGGCAACUUGCCGGGUGAGGGUCUCUUCUGGAUGCAGCACGUGAAGACGCACAACGAGCGUCGCCGCAUCUGGGCGAAGGGGUUCACUCCAGACAAUCUGGAACGCUACUUCAGCAUCGCAGACCGCCGCGGCGACCAGCUCAUGAACAUUAUCGAGAAGCGUAGCGAUGCGAACGGCGUGGUCAACUUACAGGAGUGCAUCAUGCACUUCGGCUACGAUGUUAUGGGCGAUGUGGCUUUCGGAGGUUCAACGGAAUUUGAACUCAUGCGCGACGGUGACCCCGAUAACCUCUGCGAAGGCAGUCAAUUGGCCGUCAUUGUGUUUGAGAUCCUCGGAGAGAACCCGUCGCUGUUCCAAGCCCUCGCUUAUUUACCCGUUGCCGAUGCGCUUGUUCGCCUCGAUGCCCGUGCCGAAGCGAACUUGAAAGUGCGGCGCAGAGCCGGCGCAGUAGGCGAUAAUAGUGACCUCGUUUCGUAUUUCCUCGCCGCUGCCACUGACGAUCAGGGCAAGGGCGCGCAGCUGUCUGACGCCGAUGUGCGUCAGGACACCAUAUUCACCAUCGCGGCAGGCUCCGAUACAACUGCAGGCGUUCUCAUCAUCGCACUAUUCUACCUUUUCUGCAACGCGGAUGCAUGCAGCAAGCUUCGAGCCGAGCUCGACGCAGCCUUCCCAGACCCGACCGAGCCUCUUUCGCACUCCAUCGCCAACGAGCUUCCGUAUCUCAACGCUGUAGUCGAAGAAGGCAUUCGUCUCGGAGUGCCCCUUCCAGGUUUCCCUCGCGUCGUACCAAAGAAGGGUGCUCUCAUCGAUGGGGAGUACGUUCCCGGUGGGACGGUCGUUGGCGUAUCCAUCUACGCGCAGGCUAUGUCCGAGGAGAACUUCUAUCCUCACCCCGAGUUGUUCAUUCCUGAGCGUUGGUUGCCCGGCGGUCUUGGUCCAGAUUCAAUCUGCCGUAAAGCGGCACAAGGGGCUUUCCAAUUUGGUGCCUUCAGCUGCCUGGGCAAGCCGCUCGCUAUGGCUGAGCUUCGUGUUGGGAUUGCUAAAUUGAUGCUCAAUUACGACAUCAAGUUCGCGCCGGACUUCGACCCGAAGGCAUUCUUCGACGGUAUCAUCAAUAUACGCACAACCGUCAUGACGUACCCUCUGAAGGUGCAGGUGAAGAGGAGACUCAUCUAG